AUGGCUUCAAAGAACAUGAAGACAAGCAUGGCUCUCUACCUCACCUUCAACCUCGUCUUCUUGGGGUUCGUCUCCGCCCAACCUCCAGUGGUCGAACCGUUGAUGUGUCCACUAUCGGUGACCCAACUCAAUCCUUGUGUCAGCAUACUUGGCCUCGUCACUAUUACUCUCACCGCCCAAAAUGUGGCCACCUGUUGCAAUGUCUUAGCUGGAGUUGGUCUUCCUAAUGCACCUGAAUGUGCCUGUGAGGCCGCUAGAAACAGCCUUCUCGGCGGACUCGGACUUGGUCUCAACGUCAUCACUGGGAGAGUGAAUGAGCUUUUCAGCCUCUGCCCUUUAUCACAGCUACCAGUUGGUAGUGUCACCUGCAGCUUAUAA